AGUAGGUUUAUUUAGUCAGGGGUAUUUUAUGAAUAAAACACUUGUUUGUUGUCUUAUUUGUAAAAUAAGGUCAAUUUUUGAUGGCACUAGCUGCUAACUCCUGGUAGUCCUCUUCAGUUACCUCCCUUCUCAGAGAUAAACUCCUCCUAAGUGGGACAUAAAGUCCUCGUCAAACUGCGGAGUCUGUGUGGUUUGUUUCGUGUUAUCAAGGAUAAAAUACUCAACAAGUGGUGAGAAGCACUGAUGUGUCGCUCACAGACGGUUGAUUUGUGCUGUCUGGGUGGAAUGCAGCAUCUUGUAGCUCCGCCCUCGAUUAUUCAGCCUGGUCGACGUGCGGUUGCUGCGCAGCGCGUGAAGGCAGAAGCGUCCGACUGAUAUCGGAGGGAGACUGGAGGGCUCGGAUUAAUGUUGUUGUAGCGGUAAAUACCUUCACCCCAGAUUCACACACUGCUACCGCUGCAUUAAAAACAACCGCGGUGUCCUCUCAGGUCAGUACACGGAAUAAGGACCACGCAGGGAGGGAUAUAAACAACAUAUUUUCUCACACUGCGGGAAGUUUGUACGCGGAGUUUCAGGAGGAGUUUCGGGCUGUGGGCUGACUGAGCUAGCCUGGCUGCCCGCUGCUCUUCCCUCCUGCCCCGGUCAGGCUGCCGUAAGUUAGCCCGCUGUCCUGGUCUGCUUCCAGCUGUGGUGAAUCAUGGCGCUCAGAGCCAGGGCGCUGUACGACUUCAACUCUGAAAACCCCGGGGAGGUGUCGGUGAGGGAGAAUGAAAUUUUAACUUUGUACAGCGAGCAGGACAUUGACGGCUGGUUUGAGGGGGCGAACAGUAAAGGGGAGAGGGGUUUGUUCCCCGCUUCCUACGUGGAGAUACUGAGAAACGACGCCGCCUCCACGUUCAACAACAACAGCUGCAGCACAUCUGGGGACACUUACCCGGAUUCCCGAUAUGCCAACAUCCCAUCCGGACGGUUUGAAGGCUCAAAUAAGCCUCAGAGUAACUUUUCUAAACCGUCUGCACCUGCUUUUACCACUUUCUCUCCACCACCAGCAGCACAGCAGCAUCCACAGCAGCAGCACUUCUACCAGCCCAGUCCUGGCAGUGAUGAUGACUGGGAUGAUGACUGGGAUGACAGCUCCACUGUUGCAGAUGAACCAGGGACUCUUGGAGGGAGGUAUCAUGACUAUGAAGGCAAUGGUCCAUCAACUUACAGAGUGACAACAUCCUCAAUGUCCAGAGGUAACGCACAGCAAGCAAAGAGUUCUGCCACAGUCAGUAGGAACCUGAACAGGUUUUCUACCUUUGUGAAGUCAGGGGGAGAGGCGUUUGUGCUCGGGGAGGCUGCAGGAUUUGUGAAAGAUGGGGAUAAGAUCUGUGUGGUGAUGGGUCAGUAUGGUCCUGAGUGGCAGGAAAACCCAUAUCCGUUCACCUGUACGAUUGAUGACCCCACUAAACAGACAAAGUUCAAAGGCAUGAAAAGCUACAUCUCAUACAAGCUGACCCCCACACACACUCAAACCCAGGUGAACAGGAGGUACAAACAUUUUGACUGGCUGUACGCUCGGCUUGUGGAGAAAUUCCCUGUCAUCUCAGUGCCCCACAUCCCAGAGAAGCAGGCCACAGGCCGUUUCGAGGAGGACUUCAUCUCCAAGCGGAGGAAAGGCCUCAUAUGGUGGAUGAACCACAUGGUCAGUCACCCUGUCCUGGCCAGAUGUGAUGUUUUCCAACACUUCCUCACCUGCAACAGCUCAGAUGAGAAGGCCUGGAAGCAGGGGAAGAGGAAGGCAGAGAAGGAUGAGAUGGUUGGUGCUAACUUCUUCCUCACCAUCAGCACCCCUGCUGCUCCCCUUGAUUUCCAGGAGGUGGAGAGCAAAAUAGACGGAUUCAAGACUUUCACUAAGAGAAUGGAUGAUAGCACCUUGCAGCUAAACGCUACUGUCAAUGAGUUUGCUCGCAAGCAGAUCACUGGCUUUAAGAAGGAGUAUCUGAAAGUGGGUCUGUCAUUUAAGGUCCUAAGCCAGGCCUUUGAGAUGGACCAGCAGGUUUACUCAGCUGGACUCAACCAGGCCAUCUCCUUCACUGGGGACACAUAUGAAGCCAUUGGAGAGUAUUUUGCCGAGCAGCCAGGGAAGGAUCUUGACCCUAUCAUGGAUUUGUUAGCGCUUUACCAAGGACACCUGGCAAACUACCCAGAUAUCAUCCAUGUCCAGAAAGGGGCCCUGACGAAAGUGAAAGAGAGCCAGAAGCACGUGGAGGAAGGAAAGAUGGACCGAGCACAGGCUGAAGGCAUCAAUGACCGCUGCAACAUCAUCUCCUGCGCCACACUAGCAGAGAUCCAGCACUUCCACCAGAUCCGGGUGCGGGACUUCAAGGCGCAGAUGCAGCACUACCUCCAGCAGCAGAUAUCCUUCUUCCAAAAGAUCACAGGCAAGCUAGAGGAGGCUCUGCAGAAAUAUGACAACGCCUAAUAGGUUGCUUCCCUUGAUGAUCCAUGAUCAUGCACCUUCCUCGGCCAGCCAGUGAAGAUUUGGCAAAAAGCAGCCAGCACACAUACUGUGAAUGCUGUUCAUCCAGCAGCGAGGAGCGUUCAAGGAGAUUUUACUCCGAUAAUAUGGACACUUCUACCAAAUCCAGGUUUUACUGUGUGUGUUGGCAACAUUUUUGGGGGGCUGGAUGUCUUUGUUAAUCAAGGACAUGUAAUUUAAUGACUUGUGAGACAAAAAUAUUCUUAUGCCUUCAGACUCAAAUGGAUCAGCGAUGAUGCUGCACCACUUUUUCUGGUGCAUGCACUGGUGAAGUAAAUCAACAUUAUGACCUGCAUAGAGAGAACCUUGUGUCUGCUGCUGCCACAUUCAUACCAAGAUUUCAUAUAUCAAGUGUUUUAAGCCUUAUAACACAGUUUUUAAAGUGACUGCCACUCCAGGGGUAAUGAUGCUCCACUGCCUUUUGGAAACACUCAAGCACCAACUGGUUUCUCUCUCCUCAGACCAACAAGAAAUGUUUACAGUCUCCUCCGUGAUCAGGCUCUCUCACCACUGUCUCGCUGUGCCUUUAGGUUACGUCUCCGCUCAUUUUUUUAUUAGUUACUAAAAAGCUUUAUAUCAUGUGUAUGUAGAAAUAUAUUCUAAUUGUUUUUACAAAGCUACAAACAAGAAAAAUCACUGUGCUUUAACCAGGGCAGUAUCUUUUAUGGGAGAUCAUUUUGUUUGAUUCUGGGGGUUUUUUCCAUGGUGUACCCAGGAUUUAUCUUCAACACUCUCAGUGUGACAAAAUAAGGAUGAAAAAAGGAUUACCUACUACGACUAUAGGAGCUAUCGCCUUACACACAGCAGAGCUAGCACUGCUGCUUGCAGAAUAUAAGGGACGUGUAUGAUGGACACUCGCUAACUGAGAUAGCUGAAUUUGUUGACAAAUGUUGGUUUUCAGGCUUAGCUUUUGAGUAGUGUUCAUUGGCAGGCUGUUAGGCAGAUCCUCCCCUUGUUUAAUAUGCGGUCUUUUUUAAUAGGUCGAUUUUAGACAGUUCAACUGUUCUGCUGUUUAUAACCUUCAAGAUGUUGGGUGCAACAUGAAGAGAUUUACACUGAAGCAGUGACACAAUAAAUUUAUC